UUCUUGUUUCUUAAUGAGUUGUUAAGUUGCAGAAGCAGAAUAGGCAGCUACAGUAGUAAUGACUUGAGCUCUCUUAUUUUAGGUACUUCCGAAGAAGAUGAGGUCUUUCAACCAGGCUUCAUCAGCCCCAGGCGGGGCAAGCAAAGGUGAAGAGCCAGAAAAGCUGCCUGAGCUGGCAGAGGAAGAAUCCCAGGUUCUGCAUGGAACUGGCCACUGUAAGUGGUUCAAUGUGCGCAUGGGAUUUGGAUUCAUCUCCAUGAUAAACCGAGAGGGAAACCCCUUGGAUAUUCCAGUGGAUGUAUUUGUACACCAAAGCAAACUAUUCAUGGAAGGAUUUAGAAGCUUGAAAGAAGGAGAGCCAGUGGAAUUUACAUUUAAAAAAUCCCCCAAAGGCCUUGAGUCAAUACGGGUAACAGGCCCAGGUGGGAGCCCCUGCUUAGGAAGUGAAAGAAGACCUAAAGGGAAGACACUGCAAAAAAGAAAACCAAAGGGAGAUAGGUGGAGACGUCAGGAUUUACUGAUGGAUCAGAUGUGGACUGUGAGAGAAGAAGAGUCCAGGAUGAUUCCAAGAUGCUACAACUGCGGUGGCCUUGACCAUCAUGCUAAAGAAUGUAGUCUACCUCCUCAGCCAAAGAAGUGCCAUUACUGCCAGAGCAUCAUGCACAUGGUAGCAAACUGCCCGCACAGGAUUAUUGCACAGCCGCCCGCCAGCGCUCAGGGAAGACAGGAGACAGAGUCCCAGCCCUGCACUUCUUCUUCGCCAAGAGAAGUGGGAGGGGGCCAUGGCUACACAUCACGUUUUCCUCAGGAGGCGAGGUCAGAGAUGGCAGAGCUGUCAGACAGGUCACCCCAACAAGUUUCAUCCACGAAGGCAUUUGUAGCAACAGAAGAGCCAAACAAAAAGGGGCCUUCAAUUCAGAAACGGAAAAAAUCUUAAUCUCGUCGGCAUUUUCUUCACCCGGCUGGGAAGUCUACCUCACGCAAGCACAGGGGAAUAGUAUUCUACAGAUAGCAGCUGACCGGGAUUUUAACUACUGUUGAGGAACUGUGAAUUUCUUAAUCAGACAAAUCAUUCUUGAGCAAAUUACAUUUAAGCAGGGUUUCAUGUUUUAUAGACUCGAAAUACAUAUAGUAUGUGCUGCAUAAGUGAGAAGAGAGACUUAAGUCUAUAUGUAUGUGUAGAGAUUUCACAUAGGAGCACAGGUGUAUACAUACACAUACAUGUGUAUAGAUAAAUGUGUGUAUAGGCCUGUCUUUAAACAUGUAUUAUGGAGAUAUAAGCACAUACUCUCCCACAGAUAAUUGGGCAUCUCCAAGCAUUGAAAAUCCAUGUGAAGCAUUUGAGGUGGUCUCAUAAUUAACCCUUAGAAUUUUUCCUAAAUUUUCUUUUAUAUUACAUAAACAUAACCUCCUGACUGUUACUUUUUUGUGAACCAAAGUAUGCAUCAGAUCUCAGACUGCCAGUCAAAUGGUACUAAAGGUUUUUGGGAUACUCGGUGCCUCCCAAGUCUGGAUUCACUGCUGUGUCCUGGUGCUGAUGGAGUGCUUGCUUUUGCUGUUAUCUGCCUUCUCCUGUUUGAAGGUGGCAACUUAACUCUAAUGCCUCUGACUGCCAUAAGCUUUUAUUUUUGGAUACAUAACUCCAGAAAAGACAAUGAAUGUGAAGUUUCUGGGCUGGUAUUUCAGUGUCUUUUGUUCUGAUUGUGAUUUACAUGCCUAUUAAGAAGAAUGAAGGGGAGGGUAAUGUAUAAAUAUCAUGGUGUAAUCCUUUUCAGUGGUAUUUUGAUACCAGCUCUUUUACAUAUUUCUUAGGUUUUUAAGGGACUAUGGCAACGGAAGCCUCCCUUGACUAAGCAGCUCCUGAACCAUCACUUAGAACGGGAAGGUCUCCUUACUUACUACUGAAGCCUUAAAGGAAACUAAUUAUUUGGGUAUAUUUUAGUGGCUGCCUUUAUU